GGGCAAUACAACAGUAAAUUAAGAACAAAAGAAAAUCUAGAGUGGCAUAUGGCUUGGAGGCGGCCACAACUCCCAAACACAUGCCAACCACAAAUACCCUCCAAGUUUUUACAUAACCCAAAUCACUUUGCCUAAGAAAUACCCAAUUCCUUUUUCACAUUCUUCAGCUGUUCAAAUUGUUAAUUAGUGUUUUUUGGGGUAAAUUCCAAUGUUUUCUUAUUCUGCUGUGUCGCCUUCACUUAGGUCAGAAUCCUUCAGUUCCACCAGCACCAGAUUUAUUGCAUCCACAAGACAAACUCAGUACAGAAGCAGAUGUGUGAUGAAUAGGAGAGGUUUUGCUGUCAGAGGAAUUGUAGCUUCUGGAGUUUCGGUCAUGGGUUCUUCUUUUGCCGCUGAACCUGUUCAAGGGCUUGAUAAGUUGCCGUUCAAGCCAGAAGGCUAUAAUUAUUGGACAUGGCAGGGUCACAAAAUACAUUACGUAGUGCAAGGAGAAGGGUUGCCCAUUGUUCUUAUUCAUGGUUUUGGUGCUUCUGCAUUUCAUUGGAGAUACAACAUACCUGAGUUGGCCAAAAAGUACAAGGUUUAUGCUUUGGACUUGUUAGGUUUUGGAUGGAGUGAUAAGGCAAUUAUUGACUAUGAUGCCACGGUAUGGAGGGAUCAAGUAGUUGAUUUCAUGAAGGAGAUAGUGAAAGAACCAGCAGUAAUAGUUGGAAACAGCCUUGGAGGGUUUACAGCUUUGAUGUCUGCAGCGGCAUUGCAUGAACGAGCUGCUGGAGUUGUAUUGCUAAAUUCUGCUGGACAGUUCGGAAAUGCAAAUUCAGAAACCAAGAAGACUGAAGAAUCAAUCUUACAGAAAUCUGUCCUGAAGCCACUGAAGGAAAUUUUCCAGCGCAUAGUUCUUGGGUUUUUGUUUUGGCAAUCAAAGCAACCAGCACGUGUUGAAUCUGUAUUAAAGAGUGUGUAUAUAAAUACCUCUAAUGUGGAUGACUAUCUUGUAGAAUCAAUAACGAGGCCAGCAACUGACCCUAAUGCUGGGGAAGUUUAUUACAGAUUAAUGUCUCGGUUCAUGUUAAAUCAGAGCACAUACACUUUAGACAGUGUCUUAAGCACACUGAGAUGCCCAUUGUUAUUGCUUUGGGGUGACUUAGAUCCAUGGGUGGGUCCUGCCAAGGCUAAUCGUAUUAAAGAGUUUUAUCCUAGAACAACACUUGUAAACUUGCAGGCUGGUCACUGUCCACAUGAUGAAGUUCCAGAGCUUGUUAAUGGGGCUUUAAUGGAAUGGUUGUCAACUUUAACACCAGAAGUCUCUCUCCAAAAGCUGUAGAUGUACUCAGAUUAACUGUACAUUCGUUGAUCAAAGUCCCUGAUCAAAGCUUUUCUUGCCAACUUUCAAGAAAAGAUGGUAAGAAGUUGGUACCACAGAUCCCUUCAAAGGCAGCAAGAUGGUGAAUUUAAAAGAGCUGGUCAUCGUUUCAUGGUCAGUGAGGCUGCGCCUUGUCAAUAUGAUUACAUGCUUGUAUGAGCAACUGAGUGAAUUCUUUUGUACUAUAAUUACAAGACAUGGUCCUAACAGUUUCUGAUAAUUUAGAAAUAUAUUCAAGUAGGGUAGGGAAAAAUAUUGCCGAAAGGAUUUGGGAUAUUACAUAAUCCAUCUCCAAGACCUCUGUUUUUAACAA